UGGGAACAGUAAUGGGCCGAUGUUGCACCCGAAACAAAAUCCACUGCCCUGAGCUUGUGUUUGUGUCUUCUCCUUCUCGCUGCACUGCUUCCCCAAUCUUCUUCCUGGUGAUCAAGGUAUCAAAAUCGAAACAGGUGUGUUGUGAAAGAUGACUUGCAUUGUUAGGGCUGCAUUGAGAUCCAAUUGCAGUUCAAGUGUUUGUGCAUUUGUUCAGAGAAGUUUUGGCCUCCCUGUGAGGUGUUUCUCCACUGAAGCAGAACAGCCACCUCUGAAUUCAACUACCCCUCUUCCAUUCUUGGACGUUGAUCAUUCUGGAGUGACAUAUGGUAGGCUGCUUGGUAUCCGUAAACAUGCACUGAAAACAGAUAUCAUCAACUUCCUUGAAGGUUGUAAUUUGACUCUGGAGGAUGUUAAAUUUGAUUACAACCGUAGCCUUAUACCAGUUUCAACGUUAUUGCAAUUCCCUUCUCGUGAUUCCUAUGACAAUGCUAUAAGGGUGAUUGUAAGGAAGGGUCGCCUCUACAAAUUGGAUAGGGCUGAUCGAUCCCAAUGGGACAUAGUAAAGCCAUAUGAUGGAAAAACUAUUUUGAUUCAAGGAAUGCCUCGAACUGCUAAUUUUGAAGAUGUAGUGCGAACCCUGUCUGGUUGUGAAUAUGAUUCCAACUCCAUCAACUUGUUUUUGAGGCGAGGAGAAGAGUGGGCUGCAGAACCUAUUAAAUUGGCCACAGUGCGUUUCCAUUCAAGGACUCAAGCAAUGAAUGCAUUCAUCGCAAAAAAUGGAACCUUUUGCCAAAACAGUCGCAUUUCGGUACAAGUUUUGCAGUAAUUUAUGCCCCUUACUGGUGCUAGUAUUAUAUUACUACUACUUUAACAGAGGCUAGAGUAUUUAACUAGUUUUACUGGUGCUAGUAUUAUAUUACUAUUACUUUAACAGAGCCUAGAGUAUUUAACUAGUUUUUUUCAUUUCAUGGUCAUUUGGGAUUUUCAUAAUGUCUCUGGUUUAAGGUGAUGCAAGGAAAUGUUAAAAGUGUGGUAAAAUGUCUACCUUGCGUAGUAACACUUGACAUUAGUUGAUUGGUUAGUGAAGAGGUUGGUUCUUCUUUAUAUUGAAAUGUGUUUUUAUGUACCCAAUUAUUCAACGUUUUCCAAUGACAUGAAAUCGUGGUGUUGAUUCUA